AUGUACCUUCCGCUUCAGACGCAGGGAGAGACGUCGAUUGAUUACCCACUUCCUGAUUCCUUUGCUUCUGAUGGAAAAAAGAAGGAACACGAGGGAGAGAGAGUAGAGAGAAUACUUUGGCAUGCGACGCCCUCUAGGGCGCCGGUGGGAUCGGCUGCGUCGCUGAAUAGACUGACGCCUCUCCUGCUCCUUAGCAUUUUUGGGGUUCUUCUUCUAAUUGCAAAAUGCGCCAGUCGUGUGUCUUCUAGCCGGGUGGAACGGGGAAGAACAGCCCGACGAUUAGCGGGAGGGGUCUCUCCUCCGCCCUCCGAUGAGGAUCCUGAUGUUACUGCUAUUGUUAACCUUUGUUUAGAAUUGGAGCAGUCAAGCCCUGAUUUGCUGCAACGACCUCAGCGUCCACCACAACCAGCGCUGCAGCAACACGCGAGCCAGCAGCAGCAGCAGCAAAGAGGGAUACUUGUGCUGCCACAGAGGGGGGAGAGAGUGCUUCUGUUACCUCAGCAAGGACAGCAACAGGCGCUUCUUGUGAAGCCCUUCGGAGGGCAACAGUUGCGUCAGCAGCAGCAAGGCCAACAGCAGCUGGUGAUUCAGCAGCAGCAAGGGCGACAGGUGUUGCUCGUGCCUGGGACAGGUCCACGCAUGUUGCUUGUGCCGCAGCAAGGACAGCAGGUGCUGCUUGUACCGCAGCAACGGCGGCAACAACAGCACUUGCAUCGACAAAUCCUAUUUCAAGCGCAGCAGAAGAGAACCCAAGGGGAUUCGGCUACCCGGCCACCUCACCAGGCUUCUGACCUUCCCCUCCAUAUCCAGCAGCGCACGAAUCUAGCGACGCAAUACUUGGUGAGUCCUGUUCCGACUGCUGCUACUACUAGUACUAAGGCUACAACAACUACCCCAGGUACGACUGCGGUGUCGCAGCAGCCUCUUAGUGAUGGCAGCUCAUCGGCUGCAACGCUAUUGCCUCCAGAGCGUCCACAUCCCCACACAGCAACAGCCCCCGGUCCAGCAGAUGGAGGAAGUUUGAUGCAGGAACUUGAGGCAGGCGAUGCAGCAGCUAAGCUGUCUCCUUCCGUCCCUUUGAAGGAGCUUCUUGGAGCCUCUGCACGGCGUGGCGGUGAGACAGGGGAUGCAGCAGCAAAGUUGGCCCCUUCCGUCUCUUUGAAGGAGCUUCUUGGAGCCUCUGCACGGCGUGGCGGUGAGACCGGCAAUGCAGCAGCUAAGUUUGCCCCUUCCGUCUCUUUGAAAAAGAUUGUUGGGGCCUCUGCACGGAGUGGCGGUGAGACAGGCGAUGCAGCAGCUAAGUUGGCCCCUUCCCUCUCUUUGAAGCUUCAUAGGGCCUCUGCACGGCGUGGCAGUGAUUUGCAUUCUGGCAUUCCUGCCAAGCGAUUGAUGCUCCAGGUCCCUACGGAAAAGGGGGGAAGAGCUAACAUGCCCGCAUACCCCAGCGAAUCAAGCGAAUCACAGACCCCUGUGGGAUUUGGUGGUCCUACCUCUCCUGAUGUAUGGCUCUCUGAUUCCGCACUGAAUUUAUAUUUGCAUUACAACAAAAUUGACUCUGAUGAUUCGAUGGAGUCGCUUCCCUCAGUUAAAGUGUCUGAUGCUAGUGACGAAGAGGAACCAGGACCCUCUACACAACCAACUGGUCAUGCCAACAAACCUGAAUCCCACCUGCAUCCAGCUCAGCUGCGUUCGGAUGGAUCUUUGGGCUCUUCAGGGGGGGCACUCCAAGCGCGCACCUCCAGUUAUCAAGAUGGUGCUUCUGCUGGAAGCAGCGGAACUGCACUCCAAGCGAGCACCUCCAGUUAUCAAGAUGGUGCUUCUGCUGGAAGCAGCGGAACUGCCAUCGGGGGUCACAGCACGGGUUUGCCAGCAUCUUCUGGGCCACUUCCUUUGGAUGAGCACCCCUUUUAUCGGUUGCCUGUGCUUGCCCCGGGUGUAUCUACACCUCCCCUGUCGAUCAUGGAAUCUGACGAGUCAUACGGGCCUCAAGGUAUGGCACAUCGCUGUUUGAUGUGUCUGCGAGACCUUUUCAAAAAGGAAGCUCUAGGUGAAGUGGACGCUCGUAAAGCAUACGUCUCUGCGAUUCGCCUGGCUAAAUUCCUACUGGCCCGUCACAGGACAAGGGUGAGGGAAAUGCCUCCUGUGCGCGCUGCGUAUGUGCUGGGUCGUCGUUAUUUGCUUCUUGACUCAAUUGUCUCUGUUUUACAAGUGCUGGGAAAUUUUGAAGAAUCGCGGAGGGAAUGGGAGGCGUUCGUAAAGUUGAUUCCCACAACACUUGUGAUACACAAGAAAGGUGGCGGCCCAAGCCACAACUUGAACAGGCGAAUGGUCAGUAGGCUUAUGCAAGCGCUGGAGUUACUCAAACAGGGGAAAAGGCCUUCUGCAGAGGAGACGGUGGAGCUGAAAAGGUACCUGUUCAAAUGUCUCCCAACCAGUGACUUCAGUUGCAUGGAUUACAACCCGUAUAGGAGAGACGACGCAGAGUGGAUCUCAAGGGGAGGAACCUAG